AUGACUGCCCAACCCUCCGCCCCCAAGGGUCCGAAGAACCCCGCUCCCUCACCUUCCGCCGCCGACUCGGCCCCCGUCGAGGUCAUACUCAAGAUCCUCCCUCUGCUCUCCCCUCCGGACCUGAUCCACUGCGCCCAAGUCUCGCGCCAUUUCCACAGCGUCGCCUCCUCUCUCAUCCACCCCACCUCCCACAAAUCCAUCUCCCUCGACAUCUCUCUCCACUCCCCCGCUCGUAGCGAAAACAAUCGUACCUUCUGCCCAGCCGCCAAGACCCUGGACCCCCGCGUUCCUCUCCAAGCUCACCUUUGCCGGUUGACCGACUUCCACCUCUCGUCUAACCCUUUCGAGCACACCACGCACCUUACGCUCACCUCCCACAAUCGCACCGACUGCGUCAACCUGCCUCCCCUCUUCGUCCCCAAUCUCGUCACCCUUCGGAUCCAGCCGGGAUAUCAGCAGUUCAAGCUGGACCUUUGCGGCGCUACCCAGGACCCGCACGGGCGGGGCAACUGCUGUCCCCUCAUCACGUACCUCCGGCCUCGGCGGCUCAUCCUCGGAGGUACCACCUCCGGCUUCCUCGGCACCGGCGCCGGUCUGUGGUCUACCCCCUUCCCGCCCUUCGUGAAGGAGCUCGUCCUCACCGCCGGAAUGACGACUGGUCGUACCCUUCCCGGAGCUCCAGUCCAGACGUCAGGAUCAUUCCUAGAUCAUAUCCCGGAGUCGAUCAAGAAGGUCACCAUCGACCUCACAGACGGCUGGGACAGGCUCUAUGUGGAUCAUACAGGAAAUGGGCAACGAGAGACGGUCAAUGAGGACUUGACGGAGCAGUGGGACAGCAUCCUUCUAGGGCGGGCAUUGAUGAGGGUCUGCGCGAGGCUGAGCAAGGAUCAGGCGAUCGAGGUGGUUGGGGCGGAGGUUGUCGAUCAUUGCUCGCUGGAAUUUUGGGAGAACGACCGCGCUGGCCGCUUCACCGGACCGGAGGAGUACCACGACGGCGAGCCCUGGCAGGAUUUCAUGAAGAGAGAUCUGAUGCGGGUGCUGAAAGUGGAGGGAUAG